AUGGUAUCUGAAAACGUUAGCAGGGACCUGAGCGUUCCUCAAAAUGCACAAAGAGCGUGGUGGAAGGAAGCUUCAGUCUAUCAAAUCUACCCUGCAUCUUUUUGCGACUCGAAUGGCGACGGCAUUGGAGAUAUUCCUGGUAUAAUUACCAAGCUAGAUUAUCUGAAAGCCCUCGGCACAGAUGUAUUGUGGCUCUGCCCUGUAUAUAAAUCGCCUCAAGUGGAUAUGGGUUAUGAUAUUUCGGAUUACCGUACCAUCCAUCCACCAUACGGGACCCUCGAAGAUGUUGAAAGCCUCAUAGCCGGCUUGCAUCAGCGAGGAAUGAAACUAGUCAUGGACUUGGUAGUAAACCACACUUCUGACCAGCACGCGUGGUUUCAGAAGUCAAGAUCUUCUCUUGACAACACUAAAAGAGACUGGUAUAUAUGGAGGAAGCCGAUCUUCGACGAACGAGGGAUCAGACACCCCCCUAAUAACUGGGCGUCCAUUUUUGGAGGCAGUGCGUGGGCCUAUGAUGAUGCGACUGAAGAAUACUACCUGCGUUUGUUUUGCAAGGAACAACCGGAUCUCAAUUGGGAGAACCCGGCAGUGGUCCGAGAGGUUCAUGACAUCAUGAAAUUCUGGUUGACCAAGGGCGUGGAUGGAUUCAGAAUGGAUGUAAUCAACCUCAUCAGCAAGACACCGGGGCUUCCAGAUGCCGUUGUCACCGUUCCGGAUCAGGAGUUCCAGCCUGCCCAUCUCUACUACGCCAACGGUCCUCGCCUUCAUGAAUUCCUACGAGGGUUUCGGGAAAUCUUGGACCACUACGACGCCUUCGCAGUCGGAGAGAUGCCCUGGGCUAAAAAUGAAGGCGAUGUGAUCAAAUCGGUCGCUUCUGAAAGAAUGGAAUUGAACAUGAUCUUUCAAUUUGACAUCGUCGAUAUGGACAACGGUCCCGAAGGGAAGUUCUCUCACAAACAGUGGUCACUUCAUACAUUGAAAGGCAUCGUGGAAAAAUGGCAGACAUGCAUGUAUGAGCAUAAUGGGUGGAAUGCCUUAUUCUUGGAGAACCAUGAUCAGAGUCGUUCCGUCUCCCGAUUCACUCCACACGGUUCGUCAAACCGGAAGCUCGCCGCAAAGAUGCUUGCCACCUUUAUUGGCUUUCAGUCGGGCACUUUGUUUGUCUACCAAGGACAAGAGCUAGGAAUGUCCAAUCUGCCGCGGGAUUGGCCAAUUGAAGAGUACAAGGAUGUGGAAACCCAAAAUUUCUAUCAACUUGCCCGAGAAAAACUUGCGGGCGAUGAGGUCGGCCUUGAGUCGUUUCUUGACGAAGUUCGUCUCAAAGCAAGAGACCACGCUCGCUCGCCGGUCCAGUGGAACUCUAAAGAAUACGGUGGCUUCAGCACCAUGGUUCCCUGGAUGCGCGUUAAUGAUGAUUACGCACAGUGCAACGCAGAGCAGCAAUUUGCAGAUCCUUCCAGUGUCUUCUCCUACUGGCGUCAUAUUAUAGAGUUGCGACGGCAGUAUUACGGAGUCUUCAUUUAUGGCCGAUUCGAGAUGGUGGAUCGCGAGCACCCGGCCGUCUUCUGUUAUAACCGGGUUAGUAAGACUGCCUGCGCCACGAUCGUGACGAAUUUCACCGAAGAUGAACAGGAAUGGUCGCCGCCACAAGCAACAAUAGAUUUGUUAAAGAAUGGGACAACUAUUCUAGCUAACUAUGAAACACGAGAGGAGCUUCGAGGUCGUGUCUUAACUCUCAGGCCGUUUGAGUCUUUUAUUGUCCUUGAACAGGAAAAUGGUUACCGCCUCUAA